AUGUCCGAUUCCGACGACGUUGUCGACAUCCCCGAUGCCGGUGAUGAGGGGGAUCUUUUUGGAGAUGGCGGCGACGAGUCCGACAUCGAGCGACCGCUUAGUGAUCACGAACUCGACGAUGACGAUGAUGACGACCAACAGCGCGAGCGUGAAUACGGCGAAAGCAGCCAACGCGCGCCACAGUACAAGGAAAAACGCAUCAUGGGACUUAGGAUGUUCCGCCAUCGAAUCCCAAAGCCCAAAGAUGGAAAUUUGCGCAUCCUUAAAGUCCCUCAAUUCAUGAAAAUAGUCCCCGAGCAGUACAUCGAGGACACAUAUGAACCGACGGCCUGGGAUCUCGAAGAAGACAAGAAAAAGUACCCCGCGAGCGUCAUCAGGUGGCGCAAGAAUCCCGAGACGGGAAAACUGGAGAGCAAUGCCAACAUCUACAGGUGGAGCGACGGAUCAAUCUCCAUUGUCGUCGGUGAUCAGCACUACGACAUGGACGCCAAGUCCCUCGCGCCGACUGGCAAGGGUUACGACGAGAAACGCGACGCGAACUACUACGCUGCUGCCGGACACUUGUCGACCGAGGCCUUCUUGACCGUCGGCCACAUCACGGAAGAGCUCAAGGUGCGGCCCAACGAGGCUCUGGAGGCUGCAGCAGUGGAUCGUCUCAUGGCCAAGAUGGACGAGGCAACGAAGCACAGGCACACCCAGGACGACGUCAUUUUCCGGGCCACGGAGGACCCGGAACUACAAAGAAAACAGGCCGAGCUGGCGGAGAAGGAACGCGAGCGCUUACGCCGAAAGAAGGAAAAUGCAGCGGCGCGCUUGGAUAUGGGCUUCGGCUCAUCCCGGUUCGGCGGUCGCAGCGGUGGACUUUCCGUCGGGGGCCUGGAGAGCGGCAGCGGAGAGCGGAGACGCGGCAAGGGAGCGGGCGACAAGUCGCGGCAGAAGCGCAGGCGGCCUGAAUAUGAUUCGGACGACGAUCUGCCGCAGGGCGCACGCCGGCAGGAUGACUACGACAUGGCCGAUGGAUUCAUUGCGCCCAGCGACGAGGACAUAUCGGAGGGUGAAGAGGAAGACGAGGAUGAGGAUCUACUUGACGAGGACGAGGAUAGGUCACCGCCAAAAGCGAAGAGGCAGAAGAAGGUUUCUGCCGACGACGAUGCGGACGGGGAUGCCGACGAUGUGCCAGCUGCCCACGCCGAACAGGGUGGACGCAGAGGACGGAGGCUCAUUGUUGACGACGAGGAUGAGUGA